UGCGCGCCGGAAGCGGGCUUGCAGAGUGAGACCAAGAAAUAGCGGGUGUCAGUGAACUUGGGCCUGGGACCCGCUUUAGAGUAAGGAGCUUCAAAGUUUUGGUAGGAGGCCGUUGCCAUGACGGCCCAGGGGAGCCUGGUGGCCAACCGAGGCCGGCGCUUCAAGUGGGCCAUUGAGCUGAGCGGGCCUGGAGGAGGCAGCAGGAGCCGAAGUGACCGGGGCGGUGGCCAGGGAGACUCGCUGUACCCUGUGGGUUACUUGGACAAGCAAGUGCCUGAUACCAGCGUGCAAGAGACAGACCGGAUCCUGGUGGAGAAGCGCUGCUGGGACAUCGCCUUGGGUCCCCUCAAGCAGAUUCCCAUGAACCUCUUCAUCAUGUACAUGGCAGGCAAUACUAUCUCCAUCUUCCCUACUAUGAUGGUGUGUAUGAUGGCUUGGCGGCCCAUUCAGGCACUUAUGGCCAUUUCAGCCAAGGAUGGAGUUCAGCGGUGGAGGACUGCUUCUGUGAAGAGGAGAAGGAAGCCCCUGGUGCCUGUGUAUCGGGAUCUCAUUUACAAUCUUCUUUUUGUGCCCAGUGGCUCCUUCUCAGCAUACUAACUCUUAACGUUAUCACUCAUGCUGAAAGGAGCCCGAAGCUCUCUUUACUCCAUGGUAAGGAGAUGAAUCCCAGAAAGAAUGUAUGUAUCACUCCAAACACAAAGAAACUGUACCACAACCCUUGACUGAAAAUAAUGUAGAAAACUUUAUUUAUGUUUCCAGUACAGAGCAAAAAAAAACUCUAACUAUGUAAACAAAAGAAUGGUUGCUGCUAAAUCAAGAACCACAGCAGCAUCUCCUUUCAAUAAAUUAAAUGGUUGAGAACAAUGCUUAAAAAAAAA